GGGACUGAGAGACAACCCCAGAAGAUGCUGUUUCUCCUGCUCAGCUGUCUCCUACCUGCCAUCAAUGGGAAGAGCUGCCUUGUCUGCUGGCCAGAACUGUCUGCAUUGGUAGACUAUGAUCUGCAGAUUCUUUGGGGCACCCCAGGGCCACCCACAGAGCUCUCCCGAAGCCUCCAUGCCCUAUUCCUGAAGGAUCGUGUCUUCAUCAAACCCUGGUAUCUUGAUCAGGACCAUAUGGAAGAAGCAGCAGCCAAAUUAUUCAGUCACAUAGAUGAAGCCAUCAAGAAGUUCCGAGAUAAUAAACUAUCACUUUUGGAAGAGAUUCAUAUCCAGAAGAAAGUAUUUACUGAGAAGUUGGAUGAGAUAUCUGAGGAGCUGAAGGAGAAGGCCUGCAACAAGUCCUGUGACCUAUACUCCACACUGGAGGUCAUGAACUGUGCCAACUGCAAGACAUACUUCCUCACCUGCAAAGACCCCACUCUUUGCCCAGCCAGUACUGGGAGUGCCUUUGCAUGGGUUGUGAGCCUUGGCAUUGUUUUGUUCCUGGCAUCCAUUGCUGGAAGUGGAUGGUACAUUUUCUGGCACAAGAAGAGGAAGAAGGAAGCAGAAGAGACCCUGAGCCACCAUGCUCCCCGACUUGGUCAGAUGAUCAACAUGGCCCACGUGCCCUCCACUCCUGGGCCUUACUGGUACUCCCCUUCCAGAGCUAGCAACCAGGCUAGAAGGGACCUGACUCCAUCAGCACCAUCCCUCUGUAAGGGCCACUAUUUGGCAGAGCUGGAAGAGAUUACAAGAGACUGA